CAGCAAAUAUCAAAGAAAUAUCAAAACUAUAUAUCGGAGUUGCGUCCAACUAAUGUUUUCGUUUAUGUUGUCGUUACAACCACAAGUCCAUAGACUGGCUACCAGAAAAAUCAGCUCAAAUUUUGUAGCCGACCGGGAUAAGCCCUCUAUUUGAACUCAUACGUCCAAGGGAAUCCUUUCAAGACACACGCAUCGACCUACCUAUGAAUUGUGAAAUUGAAUAGUGUCCCCAAUUAAAGUGAAGUGAUAAUGGUUUUAUUUAAAACAUCGUGAUUAUAUAAAGUAUUUAAUCAAAGUAAAUUAUAUUUCGAUAAAUUAAACAAUGAAUACUAAAUAUGGAGCGACUAAUUCCAACGAUAGUACGGAAAUUGAAGAUCAGGAGACUUUAGAUAAUGAAAUCGUUUUAAGUGUGCCAUGCAAACGUCGAAGAUGCCUCCCAUGGCGGAUGAACCAGAACCUUAUAUAUGGUCUAGGUCAUAUAUACAACGACUUGUGCGCUGCUAUGUGGUUUUCAUACAUGAUGCUGUUCUUCCAAGCUGUGAUGGAAAUGAGAGCAGUCAUCAGCGGUGCCAUGCUGCUCUUAGGCCAAGUUGUGGAUGCUCUAGCUACACCUGUUGUGGGGAUACUGGCCGACAAAUAUAGCACUAAGAAAAUUUGGCAUUUAACAGGCAGUGCACUGGUAACAUUCACUUUUCCGCUUCUCUUCAUCCGAUGUUGGGGAUGUUCUUCUAACAGCACCGCAGAAUAUCUCACCUGGUGGAUUCCAUUCUAUUAUGCUUUUUUGAUAAUAUUCUUUCAAAUCGGUUGGGCUAUUGUACAAAUAUCUCAUCUAGCGAUAAUUCCAUCUAUUACCGAGAGUCUACAAGUGCGAUCCGAGCUAACUUCGAUAAGAUAUAUGGCUUCGGUCAUAUCCAGCUUGGCCGUGUACUUUAUAACUUGGAUAGUAUUAAGAGCAACAAACUACAGCACAUUCAUCGGACCGUCAGACGAUUACAAAUUUAGGGAUGUUUCCCUUAUCAUAACUGUUAUGGGAGUAAUAUCGUAUAUUGUUUUUCACGUCUUCUUCAACUUGAACCCUUUGAAAGAGGAGAAACCUAAAGCGAAUGGGCAUGUAAUCGAGAGUGGAGAAAAUGAACCGCUAAAAAUGACAGCGAAGUCCAAAAUUAUGCAUUUCUUACAGAUGCCAUUGUUAUAUCAAACAAGCUUAUUAUAUGUUUUCUCCCGUCUAUAUUGGGCUCUGAGCCUAGUGUACGUCCCGUUGUUCCUGGAGGAGCGUCUAUCAGUGAAUCCGAGCGAGGGAUCCGAACUGGUAGCAAGCGUGCCGCUCGUCCUCUAUAUAUCCUCUCUCGUAUUUUCCUUUCUUUUGAAAAGCAAUAUUAACAAAAUUGGACACCAGGUGGCGUAUUUCAUAGGCAGUUCUCUGAGUUUGGUCAGCUGCUUUUGGAUAGCACUCGCUAUCUCACCGGAUGCGCAUGUUGCUCAAAUAUAUUUAGUUGCAACAUUAAUAGGUGCAGGCAGCUCCAUAACUCUGGUGUCUAGUCUCUGUGUGACGGCCGAUUUAAUAGGACCCCAUUCUCAUCAAGGCGCACUUAUAUAUUCUAUUGUGACGUUUGCUGAUAAACUAGUAACAGGAAUCGCCGUAGUAGCUAUUGAAAACUACAAAUGCGACGAUACUUUGGAUUGCCCGCAAUAUUAUAGAGGGGUCCUAACCUACGCUUGUGGGGGCAGUGCGGUUCUUGGCAUUCUAUCUCUAUCAAUAACUACAUUAGGUUCGAAAAAGAAAACUCCAACAUAAUAUAAUCACAUUUUUAUUACAUAUAUAAUAGAGGAUAAUUAAUUGUAAGAUAAUAUUGUUUUACCAAAUUAAAUGCUUACAAAUU